AUGAGUGCCUUUCUUCGGACUUUGGUGCUCUGCACCUUGACAGCCUGGACGUCUGCGGUGAAACACACCGGCUACAUCUAUGACCGGUUGUGCAUCGAGCGCGGCGUAGGCAUCGAUGGCGUGGACGGGCGCCGCCAGCCCGAACGACACACCGUGCAUUGCCUGCUCGUGGGCAUCUGCCAGAACUCCGGCUUUGGCAUUCUCACGAAGCCCAGCGGCGCUGAUCUCUGGUCCUUCGAGGUGCUUUUCUCCGACCGUGGCAACGCUGACGUCAUCACUUGGCUCGGCACGCAGGAGUACUGGGGCACGGAGGUUCGCGUGGAGGUCGAGGGAAGUCUCGACGGCUCGGGGCACCUGCACGUGGACAGCAUCAAGCGCUUGAACGAUGGCAGUGUAUGGCAAGGAAGUGGUGCAGCAGGUGAGGAUUUUGCACACUCUGUCAAGAACACCUUCAUCGAGAUUAGUGACAUCGUCGAAUCUCCGCUGCGCCGGACUAGGGCCCACUCCUGGUGUGGCACACGAGUGCAGGUCGCUGUGCCGAUCGAGGGGCCCGAGUUCGGGAGCAUAGAUGAUGACGAUGGCGAGGCGCAAAGCCUUCCAGGAAGCUUCGACAGCGCCCAGCACAGUGGCAGCUGCUUCGCUGGCAGCGGCAGCAAUGCGAGUGCCAGUGGCAGCGGCCGAAGUCAGGGCAGUCAGCUCGACAAGCUGAGUUGCGCAGGUCGUGGAGGACGCUCGGAAGCCGCUCCGGGCGCUGCUUCUCAGGCAAAGAAAGCCCGUGGGGGCAACCAGAGGUGGUGGGAAGAGCUGAGUGACACCUGUCCCAUCUCGGGCUUUCCCAUUGCGUACCUUCCGUAUCCGCCCUGUAAGCUGCAGGUAGGCCCCGGCAAGAGCCAGAAGUUUGUUGAUGGCCAGUAUCUCCUGCUGCAUAUCCUGAGCACCCUCAAUUUCGAAGUUCUUGGCCGCUCUCUCACGCACGGGGAGAUUGAGGCGGUCGACCAGCACAUCAAGAAGUGCAAGCUCAGUCCUCUUCGCUUGUCUCGUGCUGUGGAGCUGCUGUGCCAGGUGGGUCAGCACAACGACAGGGCACGGCAGGAGCUGGCCGAGCUGAGGACGAAAGCGACGAAGAAGCUGGGCGCUCUCAGGCACAUCCAGCGGGUGCGGAUGCAGAGAGGGGACUGCAGCGGCAUGCCAGCACAGCCGGGCCGAGUUGACACGGCGCAGCCUGGUCCGUCACAGGCCAAAGGAAAGGGGAGGUCUGGCAAAGCCAACAGACCAAAGGGUCGUACAAACUGA